AUGUUACUCAGUCUUUCAGGUCUCUUUGCAACCCUAGCAUUCGCACGACAAUCCCAUCAUGCUGUCGCGGAGACAGCAACAAUUCGGACAUUCUUCAACGUCGGCGGUGGUUACAGCGAAGAUGGUAAUACUGGUUACAUCUUCAAGGAUCAGAUGUACGUGGAAAAGCUGUCACCUGUGACUCCACACCGUUACAGACCAAGUCUUAUUGUUCUUAUUCACGGCCAGGGUCAGACCGGAACAAACUUCUUGAACAAGCUAGAUGGGGGAGAGUCUUGGACUUCACAUUUUCUUGAUGCUGGCCAUACCAUCUACAUUGUCGAUCAGACCUUUCGCGGACGGUCAGCAUCGGCCCCCCGUAUUGGCGCACAGACACCCUCCACUUACCGGUAGUUAAUCGGCGGAAAUCAUUCAUCGACGUUUCACUGCACUGGAGAAGUAUAGAUUAUGGCCUCAAGCCCACCUUCAUACGCAGUGACUCGGCACAGGCGUCAUGGGAGAUUCGAUAUUCGAUAAACUCUACGCCUCCGACGUGCAAUUCAUCUCCAACGCCACGUAUCAGCAAGAAACAGUACAGUUGGCGGGAUCUCGGCUCCUAGAUAUGAUUGGCAGUCCUGUUUGGUUGCUGAGCCACAGUCAAGGAGGGCUUAUGCCUCUGUUGAUUGCUGACAUCCGUCCGAGCCUUACUAAAAGCCUCGUUCUCCUGGAGCCGACCGGUCCACCUUUCCAAGAAGCGAUCUUCGGCUCCAGCCCAGCUCGACAAUGGAGCUUGACAGACAUCCCUUUGAACAA